AGACCACAUUAAUUACCAAAUCUAACUCAGAAACGUAGACUCCAAAACAACGGCUCAAACAAACCAUUAAAAAACCCUGACCGCCAUCAGGCCCUCUUCUUCCCGAGUCCCAACCGUGCUCCACCGCUAAAACGCUCUCCAAAACCAAGACAAAGCAAGCAGAGUCCAGAGUCCAAAGAAGACAGAGAGAAGAAGAAAAGACGAAGAGAAGGAGAAAAUAAAGCCUCUUCUUCCAUUCUUCAAGAAAACGAUGGUCGGAUGGCCCAGUUCCGGCAAUCAGGCGUCGAUCGGACAUACCCCGACCCCCACGGUGGCGUCACCGCCGCCGGCCGCUCCCGCCGCCCACGCCGCCCUGGCAAGGCUCCCCUCCGCGUCACCGCUGGCGCCAUCGCCGUGAUCCUCGCCCUCGCCCUCCUCGUCGCCUUCUCCAGCCACCACCUCCUCUCCCGCCACGGAGAGAUUCGAAGCAGAUUGGAUGAUGAGAACGUCGGGAGGAAGCUGGAGUCGAGGCUCAGACUCAAGGGAGCGAUUCCUAGGGUUCUGAGGUUCGGCAAGGGUUCCGGCAAGGUUGGCUGGGAUUCGAGGUAUUGGGACAGGGAUGACAGGAGGCGGGACCGGGAUUACGCUGAGGAGGACGAGAAGUUUCCCGGCGACGGCGGCCGGACUUUGGAGAAUGAGAAGGUCGGGAGUCGGCGGAGCCAUUCGGCGGAUCAUGGAUGGUACAAUGAGGGCGGGCGGGCGGAGUUGGAUUCUUACCGGGAGGAAUAUGAGGACUCUUUGAAGAAAGGAGGGAAAUUUUGGGGGGAUGAUGGAGUUGUGAAGGGUAAUGCAGAUGAUGAUUAUGGCUAUGGUUUUGAUGUUCUGGAUGAUGGCAUCGACGAGGAGUUGCGUUUUGGUGGUGAGGGCAAAACUGGCGGAGAUGCAGUAACUGGUGAAUUGAAGAAGGAUUCUUCUGUGAUUUCUGGAAAAGGGGGUGGUGGUGAUAGUAAGAGGGAGAAGAAGCUGGCAUCGAAAAGGAAACCAAGGCGUCACAAGUUUUCAGGCUCAUCUUGCAAGAUAAAAUUCUUGAACACUACAGCUCAACUUGUGGAGCCUUUAGAGAGCAAGAAAUUUUCAAGAUUUUCCUUGCAGUAUAAAGAAAUAGAAAACAGUUCUAAUGAUUUAAAAAAUUGGGAACCAAGAUUUGCGGGGCAUCAAAGUCCCGAAGAAAGGGAGGAGUCAUAUUAUGCACGUGACCAAAAAAUUAACUGUGGCUUUGUAAGAGGUCCUAAAGGAUCGCCAAGUACUGGAUUUGAUAUGGCAGAAGAUGAUGUGAGAUACAUGAGCAGAUGCCACAUAGCUGUGUCUUCUUGCAUCUUUGGAAAGUCAGAUAAUCUGAGAACACCCUAUAACAAAGUGGUUACACGUUUGUCAAGGAAAAAUGUCUGCUUUAUUAUGUUUAUGGAUGAAAUCACAUUGCAGACAUUACUGUCAGAAGGUCAAAAAAUAGACAAUUCAGGGUUUAUUGGCUUAUGGAAGAUUGUAGUGGUAAAAAAUCUACCUUACACUGACAUGCGGAGAGUUGGAAAAAUACCUAAGUUUUUGACACAUCGACUUUUCCCUUCUGCCAGGUAUUCAAUCUGGUUGGAUAGUAAAUUGCGGCUCCAGAGUGAUCCUCUCCUCAUUUUAGAAUAUUUCCUUUGGCGUAAAGGUUAUGAGUAUGCUAUUUCUAAUCACUAUGAUCGUCACUGUGUGUGGGAGGAGGUGUUGCAAAAUAAGAAACUGAACAAGUUCAACCAUACGCUCAUCGAUCAACAGUUUGAGUUCUACCAGGCUGAUGGGUUGAAAAGAUUUGAUCCCUUGGAUCCUAACAGACCACUACCAAGCUAUGUUCCUGAAGGAUCUUUCAUUGUGAGAGCGCAUACGCCCAUGUCAAACCUAUUUUCCUGUCUCUGGUUUAAUGAGGUCGACCAUUUCACUUCUCGAGACCAGCUGAGCUUUGCGUACACCUAUUUGAAGCUGAGAAGGAUGAAUCCUACAAAACCUUUUUAUCUCAAUAUGUUCAAGGACUGUGAAAGGCGGUUUGUUGCAAAACUUUUCCGGCACAGAGCAGAAGAUAAGGGCAAUAUUCCAAAUCAAUUGUUGAGAUGACAUUUUUUGAUCCCGUGGGAAUAAUCGUCAAAGGAACGUACGAUAGGCUUAGUCACAGUCAUUGAUGUUGGUCAGGUUCCAAUGGCAGUUCCUUGCCUGGGGCUGCAAGUUCACAUGGCACUAUUUUUCGUGUCCUACAUUGCUCUAAUUUUAAUAUUUUUGUUGCCACCUCGUUACACGUUACUGGAAAAUUUUCAUUCUUUUUUGGGUGCUGGUCUUUCUUUCCUUCUUUAUUCUUUGGUAUUACUUGGGGCACUUUUAAGUUCCUGAUUUUUGUGCUUAGUACUGUUGUUUUAUGUAUCUUGUAGAUCUGGUAAUGCUAAAUUUUUUGCUUGGGGCACUUUUAAGCUCCUGAUUUUUGAGCUUAGUACUGUUGUUUUAUGUAUCUUGCAGAUCUGGUAAUAC